GUCCUAGUGCUAGAUCCAUUCAAAAACGAAAAUCUGAAAAUCUCAAGCUCCGAAAUGAACAACAAAAUUACCAAGUCGAAAUUUACCCCGGCCGUGACCCCCCUGGCGGCCCCCAAUGCGGCCAGCAUUUUCCGCUGCAUGUUCGAGGUCUUCGGCAAGGUCCAGGGUGUCUUCUUCCGGAAGCACACCAACAAGAAGGCCCAGCAGCUGGGACUGGUCGGGUGGUGCAUGAACACCGACGAGGGCACUGUCAAGGGCGUGAUGGAGGGAACCCUGGAGAACAUAAUUGAAAUGAAGGACUGGCUCCAGCACAAGGGCAGUCCUCGGUCGGUGAUCCAAAAGGCCGUCUUCUCCUCCCACGAGCCGCUGGUGAUUCCCAGCUUCGAGAAAUUCUCCAUCCGACGCUAAGGCAAGGGAUCCUCCUCCUGCACUGCACUGCACACACCCGUAGACGGACCAUAAUCCUGCACAUAAUUACAAGAAUAAAUAAAAGGCUCCCCCCUCCCCCGUUCUUUGAGGGGAAACGUGACAA